AUGCUAUGUUUCGUAAUUACAAAUUUAUGUUUUAUAUACAUGUUUAUGUCCAACUUGGUCGGACAGCAAAUUAUAGAUCAUAAUAAUUAUAUAUUUUCCACUGCAUAUAAAGUUCAAUGGUACGUAACUCCAUUACCCAUGCAAAGGCUAAUACUGAUUCUGCUACAAAGAGGUAAUAAAAGUUUUGGCCUGAAAGUCGGUGGAUUGUUUGUGGCGUCCUUAGAAUGUUUUGCCACGUUAAUAAAUGCAUCCGUUUCUUACUUUACUAUUAUGUAUUCAAUGCAAUCAUAA